AUGCGCGGCAAAGUGGAAGAGACUCGCAUCAACUCCUUCCUUGAAGAGCUGAGGGCCCUCGCCGAGGCAACCAAGCAAGGUUGCUUCACCGCGAUUUUCGGCUACUCCUUCGGCGGCCUGCUGGCCGCCCUGUUCCAAGAGAGGUGGCCUCAUCUGGUGAAGAGGGUCGUUUUGCUGGCGCCAGCGAUUGACAACUUUGCCCGGAACUUCGAGGGGAAAUGCGAAGAGUCUUGGCAUAUGCCCAGCGCGUACGUGAAGGAACUGGAGCAGCUGAGGGCAAGACCUGCAAUUAGAGUUCCAGCUGUGCUCAUUCAUGGACAGCAGGACUCUGACGAUGGAGGUUCAGCCUUGUGGCGAGUACAGGAAUGGGCAGAAGCUGAGAACUUUGUUCGAUGUUUUUAUCCGGACGAAGGACACACGACUGCCAUCGUAGGCGCAAGCGGCAGCCCACAGUACAGCCAGCUUGCUACCUGGGCAAGAGAAGGGAAUCAUGCAGUGCUGGGAGAGGCGACCGCAGUUGUAGGCAACGAAGAUGGCACCUGA